CUCCUAGUUAAAUACACGCAGGAAAGAAGCAAGUGAGAGUGGGUUCAUUUGUUUUCCGUUAUGAAGUUUCGUUAGCGACUGAACCGCACGCGCAUUAUUCAAAUAAACUAAAACUGAAACUCCGGACGGCGACACCCCGGAGAUCUAUAAACUCCGAUCGGAGGCCGAUUUGCUCGUUCGCGGCGAAGAGAUUGGAUGGAUGAUAGAGGAGGAGGUUCGUUCGUGGCCGUGAGGAGGAUUUCUCAAAGUCUGGAACGAGGAAACGUUUACGAUUCGUCUUCAUCUGCUGAGGCUGUGGCUGGAUCGGCAGCGUGGUUAGGCCGUGGCCUUUCCUGUGUUUGUGUUCAGGGAAGAGAUGGCGCCUCUCGUCCUUCCUUUGAUCUUACACCUGCUCAGGAGGAAUGCUUGCAGAGGUUGCAGAACCGCAUGGAAGUAGCUUAUGACACCUCAAUUCCUCAGCAUCAGGAAGCUCUGAAGGGUCUUUGGAAACUUUCUUUUCCUGAAGAAGAGCUACACGCAAUUGUAUCUGAGCAGUGGAAGGAAAUGGGUUGGCAGGGGAAAGAUCCAUCCACUGAUUUUAGGGGUGGUGGUUUCAUAUCUCUUGAAAACUUAUUGUACUUCGCUAAGAGAUUCCCGAAAUCCUUCCAGGACCUUCUGCGGAAGCAGGUUGGGGAUCGAUCUGUAUGGGAAUACCCGUUUGCCGUUGCUGGCAUCAAUAUUACGUUCAUGCUUAUCCAGAUGCUUGGCCUUGAAGCAGUGAAACCACCAAGUAUUGUUGGCGAAACAUUUUUGAGAUUUCUUUCGGUGAAUGAAUCUGCGUUUGACAUUCUUUAUUGCAUUGCCUUCAAGCUAAUGGAUCAUCAAUGGCUCUCCAUGCGUGCUUCGUACAUGGAAUUUAACACGGUAAUGAAAUCGACAAGGAGGCAAUUGGAGAGAGAGAUAAUGGUUGAAGACAUAACAUAUAUUGAAGAUAUGCCAUCAUACAGCCUCCUUCUCAGUCAAUAAAAUACCAAACAGCUUAUGAGAGACUACUACUGUGUAAGUAGAAAGAUCUAACAGUUAGACCUCAAGAAACUCUAUACAAAGCCUAAAACAACAAACAGAACAGACCAGCAUAAAAAAAGGCAAAGUCUCUAUCUACACUUCUGGUAUUUCAUUUAUCAUAGUUAGUGACGGAAAGGUCUGUGAUUUCAUUUAAGAAGACAAGGUCUGUGAUUUCUUGAAACAGAAGUUAAGGUUUUGUUUCGUAUGGGAUUAGUGUUUCUAACUUUGUGUGCUUUGUAAAAACGUUGUUUGGUUAGUUCUUUCUUUUUGGCUAAUAAUCUCAAGGGCUCUCUGCUGAA